CAGUACUGCCACAGUAUAGCGUUGGUGUUCGUCCGUAACCGUCCCCACUAACUGCUCGUUUGGUUUUUCUGCGCGACAGUCAUAUUAUUUCCUUUUUUAUCAUUACUUAUCCGAUAAGAUAUAUGGGUUCGAUAUGGUCUUUUAUCUAAAUAAUUUAGAAAUAUCAAUAACGUCUAAAAUACAAACGUAUAAUAUGUUGUGUUAGUAUUGUGUUAGUGCCAUAAAAUUAAGACAUGAAAAUGAGAUAUAACUUAAUAUCAUUUAAAACUUUCUUUUAUAUUAUAACAUUUUCUAUGUUGAUCUUACUAUAUUUAUCCUUGAAUGAUUUAAAAACGCAAAACGAGAUUCUAUUUAUUAAAAGAAUGGAGGGAGUCGAAAACACUAUGGAAAAGGUACUGCAACAUUUAGACAAAAACAUAGAAGAUGAUAAAGCAAAUUCAAAACCUAAGUUGGAACUUAAAUAUAUAUUGCAGUGGACAUCUCCGAAAAAUGUACCAUUUGUGUACAUGGGCGAAGGCCAAAAAGGGUUUAUAGAUAGAAAUUGCACUUUUACAAAUUGCUAUGUGACCAGCAAUAGGACUUAUCUCGGUGAUUACACUAAGUUUGACGUAAUUGCAUUUUGUGGCCCAGAAGCAGUACGUAUGAGUAAGAAUUCUUUACCAGAGAGAAGAUCACCUCAUCAAAAGUUUUCAUUUGCGAGCAUAGAGUCCUCCGACUACUAUCCAGUAUGUUCUGAUAAACUAAACAAUGUCUUUAACUGGACUUGGACAUACAAAUUAGAGUCGGAAGCUAAAUGGGGUUAUAUAGUAGUGAGAGAUGCCAAUCAUAACAUUAUAGGACCUAAAAAAAACAUGCAUUGGUUGAGAUUGGCAGAAAUGGGUCCAGUUAGUGAGGAAUUAAAAAAGAAAUUAAAAAAGAAAACUAAGGCAGCAGCAUGGUUUGUAUCAAACUGCUAUUCGAAGAGUGGCCGAGAAAGAUUUGUCAAAGAGUUACAAGCGGCGCUUAAGAAGUAUAAUUUAAACGUAGAUAUUUAUGGAACAUGUGGCCCUCUAAAAUGUUCUAGAGAUAAUCAAGAUGAUUGCAACAAAAUGCUUAGCAAUGAUUAUUAUUUUUAUCUAUCUUUUGAAAAUUCGUUUGCUGAAGAUUAUGUUACUGAGAAGUUACUAUAUCCGUUACAGCAUGAUGCUAUCCCAAUUGUGUUUGGUGGUGCCAAUUAUACUAGAUUCAUGCCAGAUGGGAUUUAUUUGAAUGCCAGGGAAUUAGGUGCUGAAAAGUUAGCAGCAAAAAUGAACGAGCUCAUUCAAAACCCUGAUUCGUAUGCAGAGUAUUUUAGAUGGAAGAAACAUUAUUCAUUCUACAGAAGAUAUGAAAGUAUAGAAACAGAUGACUACUGUAGCUUCUGUACUAUUCUGAAUAACGAAGAGCUAGUGAAACGGACAAGUAUAUACGAGGACUUCAGACAUUGGUGGGAUCCACCAGGGCGGUGUUGAGAGUGGUUUGGAAGUUUACAUUUAAGUCUAAUUUAUAUUUCUUUCAUAAGAUGAUUAACGAAAUAAAACUGGCCUUAGUUAUGUUGUUAACGAAAUGAAUAUUUCCACAUCUACUGACUGUAGAAGUAAGGCUUCUUCAGUAAGUUAAGAUGUGUAAGACUGUAAUUCAAAUUCAAAUUCAUUUUUAUUCAAUUAAACUUUUACAAGUGCUUUUGAAUCGUCAAAAUAAUCUA